UUGUCACUUAUAGAUAGUAGUGUGUCAAUUAUUUUUAAACAAUCAAGAAAGAAAAAGUGUGUCAAUUAUUUUUAAACACUCAAGAAAGAAAAAGUGUGUCAAUUAUUCUGAAACAACUUAGAAAGAAAAGUGUGUCAAUUAUUUCAAAAUGAGAAGAAUAUAUGUGUUAAUUAUUUAGAAAUGAACCAAGGAAAAAAAAGUGUAUCAUAUUUAAUUACCUGUUAUUUUGAAACAGAGAGAAAAUAAACACGAAUCAGACACGACACAAUGUAAUGUAUGUGGAACCUAUGAUUUAAAACCAUAUAUAAAUCUGAAAAAAAAACAAGACAAAAAGAGAGAGGGUGGAAAAAGAGAGAAGAAAGGAAACAAAUCAUAAACCUACUCAUAAUACUAUCCUACUACACAUCUCACAUAAAAACAGCCUAAAAAGAUGCCUCCUCUUUCUGUCCCUUAUGAUGAUAUCCAAUGUCCCUCUCACUUGACUACUUAUAUAACCCUCUUUUCAUUUCAUCUUCAUUUUAAUUUUCUUCUCACUCACCCCUACUCUACUUACUACUCACUCGACCUACAAUUUUAAUUAAUUUCAUCUAUAAAUUCUGGUUUUAUGCAACAACAAAUUUUUAUCAUCACAUAAUUUUUGUAUUAGAAAAAAAAAAUGAGAGAAUUUUGGACCUCAUUAGCUUCAUUAAUGGGGGUACUAGCUUUUUGCCAAAGUUUACUAACAACAAUUUUCCCACCUUCAUUUCGUUACACUUUUCUCAAAUUCUUCAACAGAAUUUCUAAUUACUUCUCUUGUUAUUGCUACUUCGAUAUAACUGAGAUAGACGGCGUUAACACGAACGAGCUGUAUAACGCCGUCCAGCUCUAUCUUAGCUCUACCGCGGCCGCAACAGCUGCGUCCGCGGGUAGGCUAAGCUUAACCCGGUCCCUAAACUCCUCGGCCGUAACGUUCGGGUUGGCACACAAUGACACCCUAUUUGAUACGUUCAAAGGGGUUGCAGUUCAGUGGGAGCACAUUGUUACACAACGACCUUCUCAGUCCUUCUCUUGGCGGCCCGUGCCCGAUGAGAAGCGCGGGUUCAGUCUUCGGGUCAAGAAAUCGGCCAAAGAUAUGGUGUUGGGCCCGUACUUGGAUCACAUCAUGGACCGGGCCGGGGAGAUUCGGAGGUUGAAUCAAGACCGGUAUUUGUACACCAAUUCCCGGGGCGGGUCCAUGGACUCGGCCCGGCCCGGUCACCCGUGGGAGGCGGUGCCAUUCAAGCAUCCCUCCACGUUCGACACGCUCGCGAUCGACCCAAGGAGGAAGGCCGAGAUCAUGGCCGAUCUCAAGGAGUUCGCGGGCGGAGAGUCCUUCUACCGGGCCACGGGCCGGGCCUGGAAGCGCGGGUACCUCUUAUACGGCCCGCCCGGAACGGGAAAGUCGAGCAUGAUUGCUGCAAUGGCGAAUUAUCUCAAUUACGACAUCUACGACCUCGAGAUUACGGAGGUGUCGUCCAACUCCGAGCUCAGGAAGCUGCUCAUGAAGACGACGUCGAAGUCGAUUAUCGUGAUCGAGGAUAUCGACUGCUCGAUCGACCUAUCGGACCGGCAGAAGGACAACAAGCACAGCAAGUACCGCCAGAGUGGCGGGCACGGGAAUUACCCGGGCCCGGAUGACGGCCCUGGUGGGCCCGGUAUGGUGACUCUAUCGGGCCUGCUGAACUUCACGGACGGGCUGUGGUCGUGCUGCGGUAGCGAGAGGAUAUUCGUGUUUACAACGAAUCAUGUGGAGAAGCUUGAUCCUGCAUUGCUGAGGUGUGGUAGGAUGGAUAUGCACAUUCACCUUAGCAACUGUUCUUUUGAAGCCUUGAAGAUUUUGCUAAGGAAUUAUGUGGGGUUAGAGGAGAAUGAUCUAGAUUCCGAGACGAUAGCCGAGUUCGAGGCGGUGGUGGGGAAGGCGGGGAUGACCCCGGCUGAUGUGAGCGAGGUGUUGAUUAGGCAUCGGAGAGAAAGGAUGAAGGCGGUUAAAGAGUUGCUUGUGGAGCUUAAGAGGAGGGCGGAGGGUGGUAAGAAUGAGUGUGUACGAGGCCGGGUUUCGAGUUUAGAGGAGCAAGAGGAGGAGGAGAAGAGGGAGCUUGAGAUGAUGCAUAGCAAUGCAAAUGGUGGUGAUCAAGAAAAGGAGGGCAAUGUUGUGGUGGAUGAGGAUGACCUUUUUUUCAAGGAGAAUGAUAAGAAGUUCAAUUAAGACAAUAUUAUGGUACUAUUAUUAUUACUAUUUACUAGUGUAACGUUUCUUGGUUCUUCUCAUUUUUCUUCAAUUUUAGGAUUUUAAAAAGAAAAUAUUAUGAAAGAAAAAAAAAAGAUUGAGGGAUAGGGUAAAGGGGACAAGAAAUUGGCAAUGGUAAUGAUGAAGUGAGUGAAUUUGAUGAUUUU